UUUUUUCCCCCGAAAGUUUGGCGGACAUUUUCACCGCCACACUGAUUUGUGGCGCGCCACUGCCGCAAAAAACUCCCCAACAACCACGAUAAAUUCACCGUCCCUCAACUACUCUCAGAUAUAUCACCACCCCCAUCUCUCCUCAUCUCCCAUCCAUGGCUGCUCUCUACCUCGUUUCCAUGGCAGAUCCUCUCCCGCGGCCAUGCUCGUUGAUCUUGUGAUUAGCUACCUUCUCCUGUAGAUCUGAUUAAAGGGACACAAGAACUUCUGUGUUUGAGGAGCAGCUGCGUCUUCAUCAAGUUCUUUGUGUGCAGCAACGCGUCUGUGCGGGUCGAAAGGAGCUGCCGUUUGUGUGCGGCGACGACGCUUCCGCGCAGCCGGAAAGGAAGGUAAUAUUCUCUCUUUUCCACUGACAUCGAUCUGAUGGAUUUCGUGUUGAUUUCUGAAGUCUUUAGCUGUGCCUUUUUUUUUUGCCUGAUUAGCACUAAGGCACAUGUGCAUCCUUGUAUAAUUGAUGGUGAUUGAAUAAUCGUGUGGCACUAGAAUGUGGACCGGAUCUGAACUAAUAUAUACUAGUUCUUCACUAUUAGUUUUAUGCAUAUGUAUGCAGUAAUAGAUAGAUUUCAUUCUUGACUAAUAUAUGAUAAACAGUGAGCUUAAUAGAUAGAUAUCCAUAUCAUGUUGUUGCUUUCAAGAUAUUCAAAGUGUGCUUACAGUAUAUUAACUAUCAGUUUUUUUUCUCUUACUGAUACUGAUAACCAGUAACAGUGUGCUUACAGUAUUUGCAGUGACCUUAAUAGAUAGAUAUCAACUAUCAGUUUUUUUCUCUUACUGAUUCCAUACUUUUUCUGAAAAUAUGUUUUAGAUGGGUCAAAGAAAAUUGUAUUUACAGUAUUACUUGGACUACUGCCAUUAUAUAUGGAGGAGAAGAUUGAUUGCUGGAAUUCUGGUGUGCCUAACCAUGUAUUGGUAUAGGAUUAAUAGAAGAAAAAGGAAAAGAGCCAUUACAUAUGCUCCCAUGCUUGAUAGAGAUGUUGAAAGAUUAAGACGUCUAGACCGUUUAUACCAUGGAACCGAAGCACAUUGCAUAAGUGAGCUUCGUAUGAGGAAAGUUGUCUUCCAUAAGUUGUGUGCUGAGCUUAGAUCACGUGCCCUGCUAGAGGAGACUUUUCAUGUCACAAUAGAGGAACAAGUCGCUAUGUUUAUUCACGUUGUGGGUCACAAUUGGUCAAAUAGACCAAUUGCAUUUGAAUUCAUGAGAUCGGGUGAGACUGUUAGUAGGUAUUUCAAUCUUGUUUUAGAUGCCCUCUGUAUCCUUGCCCGUGACCUUGUAUGCAUCAAAUCCAUUGACACACAUCAAAAGAUAACAAGCUCUCAUGGCAGAUUUCACCCCUACUUUCAGGGAUGCAUAGGAGCCCUGGAUGGUACACAUAUUCCAGCAUGUGUACCUAUGCAUAUGCAAGACCGGUUUAGGGGUAGAAAGAAAUUUCAAUCACAAAAUGUGCUAGCAGCAGUUGAUUUUGACUUAAGGUUCUUAUAUGUUCUUGCUGGAUGGGAAGGUUCUGCCCAUGAUUCUUAUGUGCUUCAAGAUGCUCUAUCACGUACUAAUGGCCUUAAAAUACCAGAAGGUAAAUAUUUCCUAGCUGAUGCCGGAUAUGCAGCUAGACCUGGUGUAUUACCCCCAUACCGAGGUACCCGAUAUCACCUAAAAGAAUAUAAGGGCGCUAGAGAACCAGAGAACCCAAAGGAGUUAUUCAACCUUCGGCAUUCCUCUCUUAGAACAACUAUUGAGCGAGCAUUUGGUGCCUUGAAGAACCGCUUCAGAAUAUUUAAAUGCCAACCAUUUUUUCCUUUGAAAACACAAGUGAAAAUUGUGAUGGCUUGUUGUGCACUUCAUAACUGGAUUAUAGAGGACGGUCCUGAUGUCUAUGUGUAUGACGAUGCUGCUUGGUAUGCAGCGCUGCCACGGAGUGUAAGAAACCGUACUGAUAUGCACCAGGAGAAUUUGUCAUGGGCAAAGAAAAGAGAUGAUACGGCUAAAAAGAUGUGGGAAGAUAAAAAUGGCUAAAGGAAAGGCGAAGGCUGAUGCUUUUCCAACCUCUCAUGAGAGGUCCUUGACUUGGCAUGAGGAUCAAACAAAAUUCAUGCUAGAGUGGUACAUGGAAUACUUGAAAAAACAACAUGCAGGUUUUAAGGUAAAAAA